UCGACUGCGCAUGCGCGGAGCCGUUCUGGAGCCUUCCACACGUGGAGUGAUUCCCCUUCAAGUGUGUCAAACCGACGCUCACCGAGCAUCUGGGGUCCGUCCGUACACACACUACAGCAUCUCCAGGACGCACAAAAAUGGCCUUCAGAAAGUUUCUCCCCAUGUUUGACCGAGUGCUGGUGGAGCGCUUAGCCGCAGAGACAGUGACAAAGGGGGGCAUCAUGCUGCCAGAGAAGUCCCAGGGCAAGGUGCUGCAGGCAACAGUUGUGGCAGUCGGACCCGGCUCUGUCAAUCAGGAUUUCUACAACUGGCCGGAUGAAUCAUUUGAGGAGAUGGACAGCACCCUGGCUGUCCAACAGUACAUUCAACAGAACAUCCGGUCGGACUGCUCAAACAUUGACAAGAUCCUGGAACCUCCAGAAGGCCAAGAUGAAGGUGUUUGGAAGUAUGAGCACCUCAGGCAAUUCUGCUUGGAGCUCAAUGGACUAGCGGUUAAACUGCAGGGUGAGUGCCACCCAGACACCUGUACCCAAAUGACAGCUACAGAGCAGUGGAUCUUUUUAUGUGCUGCUCACAAGACACCCAAAGAGUGCCCUGCCAUUGACUACACUAGGCACACGCUGGACGGAGCUGCCUGCCUUCUUAACAGCAACAAAUACUUCCCCAGCAGGGUUAGCAUCAAGGAGUCAUCGGUAGCCAAGCUGGGCUCUGUCUGCCGUCGUAUCUAUAGGAUAUUCUCCCACGCUUACUUCCAUCACCGCCAGAUAUUUGAUAAGUAUGAGAAUGAGACGUUCCUGUGUCACCGGUUCACACGCUUCGUGAUGAAAUACAACCUGAUGUCUAAGGAUAACCUGAUCGUGCCCAUUCUAGAGGAGGAAGUCCAAAACACCUCAUCAGCUGGGGAGAGCGAGGCCUAAGACCGAUGUGCCGCCACAAGGAAGACGCACAUGCGCACACUUAUUUUCACAUAUAAAAAUAUAUAGUAAAAUUUACAUACACUACAAGAAAGACACAUCCGCUGUACUGGAAUUCAGAUACUUGGAUACAUACAGUACACACAAAAGCAUACACUACUGUGUAUAAUGGCUUUUAUACAGGAACACCAUCUGGGUCUCCUUCCUAGUCGCUUGUGUCUAUCUCAAAGGACAUGAGGGUGUAGGUUAUUGGUGUUUUCUGCCAUCUUCGUCUAUACCUUCUCUGUCCACUUGGAUUCACACCGGGGUCUAUGCCACAGGGCGGACGCGCACGUUUCUGGAGGCAGCCAGGCUUUCACACUACUCUUAUAGGGAACUUUCGCUUUAAUGUUUUGAGCAGCUGGAUUUGCAGAACCUAUGUAAUCAUGGUGAUCUGUGUUGUCAAAAGGCACACUCACCAAUGGCCCCUUUUUGUAUAUAACCUAACCCCCCCGACAAUUCCCUCAGUUUGUUGUCAUGUUUCCUGAUGGUGCUUCACUUUUGUUUCUGUCAUCGCUGUUGCUUAUUUUGUUUAUGUUGCUGAACCAGCCACUUUUGGGGUACCCGAUGGGAUGGAUCGUUAGCCGUCUGACUUCAGAAUCUCAAAAUACACACUGUACAUGUGGCUUGUUGUAGUAGUGGGGGAAAAAAAAUCAAAUCUAGCUUUGGAAGUGCACUAGCCGUCAAGUUAUACUGUUUCUCUUUCUAUGUGACCUCUGGCUUUUUAUCUCUGAAUAUUUAGGAAGGUUUGUUGGCUAACUCUUUGAUCCUGCUUUUAUGACCUUGCCCCCAUUUUAAUUCACUGUAAAAAAAAAAAAUCUGUUCCACUUCCUUUGAGGUAAUGGUGAUGUAACCUGACCCAAUUAGUAGAAACUGUCGGUGGCAGCUAGUUUUUACUGGUCUGUGCAUUGCAGACAAUUAUCUCAAGGGCAGGUAGAAUGAAGGAAACAUUUAAAUUUUGGAGCACAACCUCCCUUUCUUUUACCUUCCUCUCAUCGUUAAGUUAUUUUAAGCUUUGCCUAUCCAACCCAAUUUAUUUUUUUUAAAUGGACUAAAAUUUUGUUACUGUUAACAUUUUCAUGAUGUCUGUUAAUAAAAAACAACUGUUGUCCA